AUGGCCUACUCCAAUUCCAGCAAGCCAUUAACAACUUCAAAUGAAACCCCAAAAGAUUAUGAAGUUCCUCAAUCGCCUCCAGAUGGAAUAUCAUCGGUUACAUUUUCUCCACAGGCGGAUUAUUUUGCAGUUACUUCUUGGGAUAAUCAUGUUCGAAUAUAUGAAGCAAAUCAACAAGCUGGUACUACUGAAGGAAAAGCUUAUCAUCUACAUGAGAAACCAGUACUCUGUUCGGCCUGGAGUAAUGAUGGUACAAAGGUAUUUUCAGGUGGUGCAGAUUGUGCAGGACGUAUGUUUGAUAUCACCACCCAAACUGCAACUCAAAUAGCUCAACAUGUACAACCAAUACGAUGUAUCGAAUGCGUCGAUGCAAACAAUAUCGUAGUAACUGGAGGUUGGGAUAAAACACUCAAGGUGUAUUGGGAUUUAAGAUCUCCACAACCUGUUUUGAAUGUUAAUCUACCUGAAAGAGUUUAUGCAAUGGAUUUACAUUACCCACAUCUUGUGGUAGGAACAGCUGAUAGAAAUGUUAUAUAUUACAAUCUUACCAACCCAACAGGUAAUGGUUACGCAAUAGGAAGCAUUGAGGGAAGAGUAGGCAUACAAUAUUUCGAUGAGAAAGACCAACGACAAGGAUUUUCAUUCAAGUGCCAUAGAGAUGGAAAUAAUAUUUAUGCAGUGAAUGCGAUAUCUUUCCACCCAUUAUAUGGUACAUUUUCAACAUCGGGAAGUGAUGGCUCGUUUAGUUUUUGGGAUAAAGAAUCUAAACAACGAAUCAAGGGUUUUAAUACGGUUGGUGCACCUAUUAUUGCCACUGAUUUCAAUAGAAAUGGUACACUGUUUGCUUAUGCUGUAAGCUAUGAUUGGAGUAAGAAUGCAAUUUUCUUACGUGCAAUAUCUGAUGAUGAUGUCAAACCUAAAAAAUCAACAAAAAGUCCAAUAAAGAAUGUCGAAACAAAUAACAGCGAUCUCAGAAUAAUCAAAGGAGUUAAUUAUCAGGACGGAACAAUUUUAUUAAGAUUAUUGAAUCCAUUAAAUUAUUGUAAUGAGAACACAAUCUAUUUACGAUUAGUGCACACAAAUGGAACGGUUUCAACUUUAAAUUUGAACAAUUUAAAUAUUCCAAAGGAUAAUUUCUGUGAUCAACCUACUUUUGUUGCUUAUCAUAAACUUGGUGAUAACAAUAAUAAUGAUCAUACGUCUACCGCAAAAUCAACUUGUUCUAAAAAAAAUCCACAAUGUUCAACUUUGCCAGCAACAGUAGAACCUCAAACUACCGCGAUAACUGCAACCCCUACCACAACCGAUGCAGCCAAUACACCAACUACUACUAAUAACAAUCCAAAUAAUCCCACAACAUCACAAACUCCAAACCCAACGAAUAACAAUACAAUAACAACAUCUCCGGAUGGUAGCGUUGAUCGUAUAACAAUACACGCGAUAUCUUUUAAAUAUAUUUUAAUAAACUAUUUUUGUGAUCGUUCAGUGUCUAAUAAAGUUUGUGGUGAUGUCGUCACCUGGACAGGUGAAUUAGUCAGUAAAAUCGAAUUUGAGAAUAUAUGCGAUGAUAGUAGGAUUGUACAAAGUCAUAAAAAAAAUGUUGGAUUUUUACGCGCGUGUUAUCUUAAAGACACUAAAGAAAUUGUUUGGACAAAAUAUACUACACCGAAUGUUCCCACUGGUACAAUAUUCCAAGUUUCUACUGGAAAAAUAACAAAUGUGAUCAACUUUAACUCAAAUGUUACAAAUUUCUUUUCAACGGAAGAUGGAGAAUAUGCAAUGGUUACUUGUACCUCUAAAACAACUACCAUUACCAACAAUCAAUUUACUGAUGACUGGACAAUUUCUGUAACAUUUUUACCCAAAGACAAUGGUUCACCACUAACAGGUCCUUUUGAAUUAUACAAAAGUAAAACUACUGGUAGUGGUUUAGUUGACAUAGUGAACAUUCGUAGAUGUGACCUUGCCUAUUACUCAUCAGGUUACAGUUGUCUGAUUUCUAUUUUCAGAUCAACAACAACAAAAAUAUCGUUUAUAGAUGUUGAUUUCUUAUCAUCUGGUAAAGUAAAUUCGGUGACUCCGGAAUUUUCAAUUACUCAAAUUACCACAGCCACAAUAUGGGAUGUUCAAACAUUGUAUUAUGGUGGAUAUGUUAUUUUGGUGGAAACUCCAGCCGGCAGUGUUGAAGGACAUGUUUGUAGUAACAAUGGUACUUAUUUUGGAAAUUGGGGUUUCACAAAACAAUAUGAAUACACAAAUAAAAUUGCUGGAGUUCUUCCAAACAAUACACUUUGGACAAUACCUAAACAACAACUUGAUGAUAAUAAUUCUUGGACCUGUGUAUUGACUGAUACUUUAACCACAUACAGUACAGUUCAGAAUACUAAUAGUAAUGUUAAUACAUUCCCUGGUGGCCCUGGUGGAUAUGGGUCUGACAGUAUAUUAUCAACAACUCCAGAAAAAAAUUCAAAUAUCAUAUCAACAGAUAUCAAUUUAAUCACAAUAACGUAUACUAAAUCAAUUAAAACAUCAUCAGGAAAGAUUAAUAUUUAUCAAAAACGUUCUAGCACAAGCCCUAAUAUUGAUGAUGAUGAUAAAGAUAUAUUGCGUCAAUCAUGUUUUGCGCAAUCAGACUAUGUUCAAAUUUCGAAUGAAACCACUGCCCAAGUCAAAGUUUUAAAAAGUACCUUUAAUAACCCUGGAAGCGAAUAUUAUGUGACUGUUGAAGAUGAUUUUGUUAAAAGUGCGACUACUGAUCAAAAUAUUAUUGGUAUAAAUUCAAAAGCAUGGAAUUUUAGUACAGUCUUAGUUAAGGAUGAAUCAUACGUUAAUUACGAUUCAGAUUCUGUUAGUUGUAUAAUCCGAUUAACACCAGAAGGCACAACAUAUUACACAUCAUUAUCAACUGAUGAUCAAACAGAUUUCGUUGGUAAAAUAUCAAAUGAAUUAUCCAAUGCUCUCCCAUGUGAUGUGACACGCGUAACAACGUUGACAAAAUAUCAAUAUAGCCUUCAUAAUAACAAUAUCAAUAAUGACAAUCUUAGUCAAAAAGUAUUUAAAAAUGUCGGAAUGAACAUUACAGCUAGUUCAACUGAUCAAAUAUUUAUGAGAGUUGAAAUCGAGGGCACAUUGUCAAGAACAGAGUUGAGUGCAGUACAACUAGCAAGUGAUCUGAAUGAAUUGAUAUUGAAUAAAGACGUCACAUUAUUAUCUAAAGGAUUAUACACCAAUUUGAUUGAUUCAGGUUAUGGAGCUGAACGUUUAGAUCAUUUCAAAGAGAAAUUUAGAUGGAUAUUCAUGAUUAUAUUUAUUGGAUUUUUACUACUAAUGCUUAUUAUUUUAUGGAUAUUAAUAAGAAUGCAUAAAUACAAAGCGGCGCAAAGAUUUUUGGCAGCUGUUAUGUUUACGUUCAUCAUAUCAGAUUUCUGUCUGAAUAUUGUUUUUAUAUCUAUACACGGAAAAGAUUUCAAAUGGUUAUACCCUCUAAGCAUCACAUUUUUAGUAGUACCAAUUGGUUUCAAUAUGUUGUUCACAUAUUUGAUAAUUACUUGUGAUUCAUCAAUCUCAACAUUGAAAUGGAUUGAAAAAAAAAUUCUGAUAAAAGCUAUUUUUUUCGUUUUAUCAUCAAUCGAUUUGGAUUUAUCAUUUAUAUUGGCUCCGUAUAAUGGAUCUUCAUCGCCUAAUUCAUCCGCUUCCGCAACAAUUAAAUCAGAAGUGACAGAAUCUUCAGAAAAAAGGACUUCUACCUUUUCAUCGAAAGCAUCUAUUACCUCUUCAUCUUCAUCGUCGAGUGGAAAAUCGUUGAUACCAAUUGUUAAUGAUAUUGUAUCAAGAAUUUUCGAUAAUUCCAGCAAUAAUACCCAUGUUAAUGUUAAGUAUAUGUACAACAGUAUUGAUCUUGAAAUUGAUAGUUAUUGUGCUUGGAGUAUAUUUGAAUUUGUUUUGCGAAUUUUAGGAAGUAUGGUCGGUACUGGUGGUAGUGAUCGUGAUGAGUAUGAUGAUAGAAAAUCAAUUAUUGACAGCAGUAGUAGUAAAUAUAUGAAAGGGAAAAAUGUUGGCAGUGAUAUUAGUGGUGUUAAUAAUACCAAUAGAAAAAAGAAAAACUUUAAUAUUAGUAGAAAUAAUAGUAUUAAAGAAAUAGCAGAUGAUGAUACAAAUAGUACUACAAGUAAUAAUAGUAACGAUUGUUAUAAUAGCAUUAGUAGUGUUGAUAAAAAGAAAAAGAGGAGGAAUAGAGGUAGUAAAGAGGAUGAAGAAAAAUACGUGUCGUUGUUUGAUGAUGAUUAUAAAAAACCCGCUAGAGUAAGAUCUAUUAAAGAGAAGAAUAAUACGACUAAGGCAGAUCUUGAUGUAGUAGAUGUUGCUAAAGAUCCAUUUAAUGAAACAGAAUCGAUGACCACAGUAGCAAAUAACAUUAAUACUAAUAAUGAUGAAAGCAAAAAAGAGAAAGUUGAUGAUAAAUCGGAAUCUCUUGAAAUUUCGAAUUCAACGUUAAUAGAAGUUGCUAAUGCUACAACAACUGCUUCAAACAUUACAACAGAUACUAAAGCUGCAACCUCAAAAGCUAGUAGUGCUAAUAAAAAAAAAGAUAGCGUUUAUGAAGCAAUAAAGAAUUUUGAAGAAACCUUGACUUUCGAUAAUUUAACUGCUAGUAAUGGCAGCAACGAUAAUAAAAAUAACAUCGACACUGCUGCUAAUAUUGACAGUACUGCCACAGCUAGUAGUAAUAUUGGUAAAGAUGAAAAGUCAACAUUGUCGCCUUUACCAAAAACGUUGUCAUCGAAAGCAAAUAGUUAUGAAUCUAUAAUCAGCAAUUAUGCAAAAGGUGAAAUCGAAAAUGUUCAAAACGUUAGUAGUAAAAAUGAAGUGGUUGUUGUUGAUGAGAUCAGUGAUUAUGGAGAAUUGAAUAAGACUCCAACAAUAGUUAUAAAUAAUAAUGAAAUAUCUCAAGGAGAAACUGCAGCGAUUUAUAACAAAGACACCAGUGGAAUAUUAGCAUCUGAUGAAGUCGGUACAUCAUUAACAGAAAUUGUUGAACCUUUAUCACUAUCACCUUUAUCAUCCACAUUUGCAUCUGAUAUAUCGUCACACGACAUUAAUUUAUCACCAUCAUGUGACACGGAUGCAUCAGCACAUAAUAACGAUAUUAUAAAACAUAAUAAAGGAAAGAUUGAUGUGGGCAUAGAAAAUCAGAUGGCAUUCCAUGAAAAGGCAUUCUAG